GGCCGCUAUGCCGGCAAGAAGGCCAUCGUAGUCAAGGCCUUCGAUGACGGCUCCAAAGCCCGGUCUUUCGGCCAUGCCUUGGUUGCGGGAAUCGACCGUGCACCGCUGAAGGUGACGAGGCAGAUGUCGAAGAAGAAGAUCACCAAGCGCACCAAGGUCAAGCCCUUCGUGAAAUAUGUCAACUACAACCACAUCAUGCCGACGCGAUACAACGUGCCAGCCGAGCUGUCCCCGGCGACCAUUUGCACAGAUGCGCAGAUGGACACUCCUGAUGGCCGCAAGGAAGCCAGGAAGUUCGCCAAGAGCCUCUUCCAGGAGAAGUUCCAUGCGCCGCCUGCAGACAAGUCCGGCCGGCCAUCCAAGGACGUCCUCUACAUGCGCAAGAAGCUGCGCUUCUGA